AUGCAUCUUCGAUCAAUAAUUCGGCAUCGAACUGUUCUAUCAACAUCAUUUCGUAUUCUUCAAAAUUAUUCACCAAUUGUUUCAAAUCAAUCAAAUUAUUAUCAUCAUUUGAUUCUUCAAAAACCUGUUAGUCGUACAUCAAUAUCUAUUCAACGUUAUUUGGCUACAAAUAAUCAACCAGAAAAUGUUACAUCAGUACCAAGUGUAGAAAAACAUAAUUUUCAAGCUGAAACUCAAGAAUUAUUGCAUAUUGUUGCAAAAUCACUUUAUUCUGAUAAGGAAAUAUUUAUUCGUGAAUUAAUUUCUAAUGCAAAUGAUGCAUUAGAAAAAUUACGUUAUGUGCAAUUAGCAGCAGGUGGUGAACGAAUAGAUGAUGAUAAACGUGAAAUUUAUAUUACAGUUGAUGAUAUUAAUAAAAUAUUAACAAUAAAAGUAAGUUAAUAUGAUUAAAUUUGAAGAAAAAAAUAAAAUAUAAGUUAUCAUAGGAUUCAUUUUUCAAAAGUUUGAAAUGAAAGAAAAGAAAAUCGUGAGAGAGUUUUCCGCUGAUCAUCUGAGCAAAUAAACAUGUAAGAGAAGAUCGAUAGAUUGUAAAAUAUCAAAUAUUCGUCUUCUUCAUUGGGAAAUGAGUGAUUUCACUUCU